UUAUUGUUGUUUCUGCAGCCAUUUUUUAAUACACAAUUUUCUUUUUAAAAGUUAAACUUUUAAAAUAAAACGAAAUAAAGUAUUUCCCAAUUUCCGCGUUCCUAGUUACGGUGAAUUUCACUGGAUUAUGAUGUGCAUACAAAGCAAAUGUGUUUGGUGACUAAAGUAUGUAUUCCACACCACGAGAGCUUUGCAAACAGGAACCAAAAGAAUUUAUUGGACAUAAAGAUGAGGUAAAUUGUAUAAGUUAUUCUCCGGAUUUUCAAUUUAUGGUUACUGGAAGUGAUGAUAAAAGAGUGAGAAUCUUCAAUGUAAAAACAAAAGUGUGCAUCAUUGCACUUAAAGGCCAUGAGAGUGCAAUCAAAAGUGUUGCUGUAUCACAGUGUAGUAAAUACAUAGCAAGUGGUUCUUUUGAUAAAACUGCAAGGAUUUGGCGAACUUGCAAUGGAAGUUGCAUCCACAUUUUACAAGGUCACAAAAAAAGUGUGGAACAUGUUGCCUUUUCACCUGGUGCUAUUUAUUUAUGCACAGGAUCAUGGGAUAGAACAGCCAUACUGUGGUGUACUCAGACUGGCUACAGACUAAGGCUUUUACAAGGCCAUGAAGGGUUGGUCCAGUCAGUUGCAUUUUCACAUGACUUAAAAUUCCUGGCUUCGGGUUCCUGGGAUUUUACAGUUCGAGUUUGGACCCUCAACCACAGAGUAUAUAGAAAAACACUUGAACAUUUAAAACAUCAACAUCAAGAUAAUAAUGUUGAGACUGAUCAUAGUGAAAAUGGGGAGAAGUCUUGUAGUGAUGUAGCUGAUAGAGACAUUCCUGCAGAUAAUCAUGAAGAUGUUUAUAAAAUCUUGUUUGGUCAUUCAGGAAAUAUACACUCGGUUACAUUUUCUAAAAUUGGAAUGCUCGCUUCAGGGUCUUGGGAUAGAACUAUUAGGUUAUGGAAUCCUAAAAAUGGAGUUUGUCUGCGAGUUCUGAUUGGCCACAUUGGGUGGGUACAGGCUGUUAGCUUUUCUCCUGACUCAACCUAUGUGGCCAGUGCGGCAGAUGAUGAUUUCGUCAAGGUCUGGGACAUUCCCACUGGAGAGUGUAUCAAUACAUUAGAGGGCAGCACUGAUCUUGCCCACUUCUGUUCUUUCACUCCUGAGGGCUACCUCAUUGCAUCAGGAUCUACAGCCUCUAAGGGGAAAGAACUACCAAAAAGAAAAGAUGAUGAAACAGAAAGUGUGGAAGAUCAACUAACAGCUCUUUUGAAUCAGGAAUAAAAUUAAGUUUUUAUUGGUUUUUACAAUUUUCUUUUUUUAACAACUAUCUUAUUAUGUAUCCGUAACAAUAUGUUUCUUCAAACACUAAUAUUAAAUGUUUGAUCUAUUUUAAUGUUAAAUUAAAUAAAACUGUACACACCAGUAUUUUAAAUGUUUGAUCUGUUAAUGUUAAGCUAAAAAUUCCUGUAUACCCCAGUAUUGUGAAUGUUUGAACACUAGUAUUACAAUGUACAUUCUAAUUUUUUUGUUUCCUUCUAUGAAUGAUGAAAUAGAACUUACCUUUAUAAUAAAUGUAAUUUGCCUUUAUUGAGUUAUUUCUCUAACACCAAGGUAUUAUUAUAUACACAAAAAUUGUCUUUUAAAAUAUAUAAAAAUGACUUAGGCUAAGUUUUAUUUGUGUUGCUGUGCUAUAUUUAUCACAAAUCCUUGUUAUAUUUAAUAGCAAUAGUUCUUAUUUUUUUAAAUUCACACCCCACUUUGUCCUUAUGGUUGUGCCCCACCCAUUCCUAUCUUUAUAGCACCUCCAUGUCUUUAAUAAUCUCCCUUGCCAUAUAGUUACUUCCCCUUGUCUAUUAAGUUACUUGCUUCAACCCCUGUUAUCACCAGUAUUACAGUCAAGACAAAAUAUUUCCACUAGGCCUGUUCAGUUAUAUAUUUUAAUUUAUAUGCCUGUAGCAAUUGUUUAGUGAACAAUGUUACAAAGUAAAUUGUGAAAUUUCUAUAUUUAAAUCUUUCUAGAAUUUUCCUUCUAUACUCACACACAUCUUUAGUAUUUCUAAUGAUAAAAUAUUUAAACAGUACCAUUUUAAAAUUCUGUUAAAAAA